UCAAUAAAAUAAUCCACAGAAGAAGGCAAAAGUGAAAGUAGAUGUGGCUAAUUUUUCUACAGUUUUCUGGAAUGUUCGCCUGUAAUUCCUCCAAAUGUUCAAUAUGUUAUGGUUAAUUUAACUUCAAUCUAAGUGCAAAAUAGACUUUUUUAUUUCGAAUGGGCUGAUGAAAAAAGCCUAGCCCCAAAGACCUUCUGUAGACUUAUUUAACGCGGAGUUUUUCCUCUACUUGAUAUUUGCAUCUCCCUGUUCCAGUGAUAUGAAGAGUUAUUCGUCAGGCUCACUGGGAAUUAUUUUGAUUUCUCUACUAAUGGAAACAGCGACAUCUCAUGUUGUUUCGCCUGAUCCUGUUGUUGCUGUUGCUGAUGAUGAUGUCAUUCUACCAUGUUCCCUGUUGAAUUUCACCAAGAGUGCUGGCUUGAUAGUGAAAUGGUCGAGAUCCAACCUACAAGACCCAACUGGGAAAGACAAGGUUGUCCAUUUUUACCGUGACGCUCGUGACUCCAAUGUGGAUCAGGAUGAAUCCUACAGGGGAAGGACGUCACUGUUUAAAGAACUGAAGAAUGGCAACGUCUCCUUAAAACUGUCCCGAGUGAAACUCUCUGAUGAAGGCAACUACAUGUGUUACAUUCUAGUUCCGGAACCGAACAGUCUAGUUCAUGAAACCGUCAUUCAACUCAUUGUUGUUGCUGUGUCCAACCCAGUGAUCUCCAUCAAUGGAACCAAAGGCAGUGGGGUGGUCCUGAAGUGUGAGGCUAAAAGCUGGUACCCCAAACCCGAGAUGAACUGGCUGGACAGUGAGAGACAGGUCCUCCCUGCUGGGUCCGCUGAGACACACAGGGACACAGAGGGCCUCUACAUUGUGAGACGCCAUGUCACCGUGAACAAGAAUGUCACCAACACGUUCACCUGUAGAGUUCAGCUUCAAAAGUUUAAUUUUACGAGGGAGACAGAGUACAAUGUUCCAGAUGAGAUGUUUCCCACAGUUCCCUGGGUGUGGAUUGCUGUUCCUGUUUUGAUAGUAUGUGUUUGUGGACUUGUGGUUGGUUUCAUGUGGAUAAAAUACCAGAAACUGAGAAAAAAGAUAGACGUUGCAGAUCAACAGAUACAAGAACUCACUGAUGAGUUGGACAGUUCCAGAAUAAAAUCUGAUCAACGUAUAAAAGAGCUCACUGACGAGCUGGGUACACGCGAACAAGAGCUCACUGAACAGCUAGCUAAACUCAAACAAGAGAGGGCUGCACUUGUCUCUUCAGUUGAUAACGGAUGCCAUAGAUUUUCGUUCUCAAGGACGUUAUCAAUGUCACUGUCAAACGGUCGACAAUUGUGUGGACCAUGUUGGCGCUGCUAAGUACGUUAGCAAGUUCGAUCUUCUGAUGGGAUAUUAUCAGGUAAGAAUUUGUUCUUAACUGACUUGCCUCGUAAAGUAAAGGUAAAAUAUAUAUAUAUUUUUUAAAAGGUCCCUCUAACUGAGCUAAAGAGUUGUCUGCUUUUGUCACUCCUGAUGGUUUGUUUUUUUCUACCUACGUUUCCCGUUCGGGUUACAAAAUGCCGGAGCCAAGAUUCAAAGGCUUAUGUUUCAAAGGCUUAUGCACAUCGUGACACGCGGCCUAGAAAAUGCUGAAAAAAAAUGUAGAUUAUGUGGUCGUAUUUAGCACACUUCAGGAUAUUGGCCCCAACACCUUCGGGAUAUUGGCAGACUGUUCAGGCCUAUCGCAGCUGCCAACUUGACAGUUAACCUGGCUAAGAGCAAAAUUGGCUGAGCAACAGUCAAAUAAAUCAAAUCAAAUUUUAUUUGUCACAUACACAUGGCUAGCAGAUGUUAAUGCGAGUGUAGCGAAAUGCUUGUGCUUCUAGUUCCGACAAUGCAGUGAUAACCAACAAGUAAUC